AUGUCUGAUAAACCAGCUCGUCGUAUUGUUGAUGGAAGAAUUGGUGAUCAAUUCCACGUGGCUAUGAGAUACGGUGGAAAAUUUGAGCAUGCAAUUGGAGUUCCUGUUCAAACACCACGUGCACCAGCUCAAGGAUAUCCAGUUCCACCUGGACCAGCUGAUAUAACUUAUAUGCACCGUCCGGAAGGUCCUCCGAGAAAGAAAUGA